AUGGCAUCCCAAGUACUUCUACUCCUUUCCCUCGUAACACUGUUCUUCCUUCAACCUGCGAAACAAGUCCUAUGGAAUUAUGACAGCGGAAAAUACAAUUCCCCUUUUAACCCCAACAUCACGGUCAAUGACAGAACUGGAAAUAGCAGUUUUAUUACAGGGUUGAAUUUUAACUUUAACGGCGACAGUCAAAACUGGAGGAUUUUAUUUACUCCGAUCAUGGUCGGCUUAUUUCACGUGCUUAUUGAAGAUGUACAUUUUCGCGUUAUGGAUGCUUCAUUGCAGUUCCAAGUCAACCCAGGCCUAAUGUACCCGGCAGCAGGAAUAUUAUCAUGGGCCAACGGAAUUGACGAGUUUUUAGCCGGAACAAAAGCUGAAAUAUUGAUCCUUCCGAAAGAUGCAUUCGGAAAUAAUGUAUCGUUAGACGGCCAAGAAUCUGAAUUUCAUCAUAAUUUCACUCUGUUUGCUUUGACCCAAAAUGGCUCGUCAGCAAAUUUGGUCGAUAUAGCCCACAAAGGUUGGAAUAAACAAGGCUUUAUAAGUAUCGAGUUUAUUACAAUCACGGCUGGAAGUUUAUUUCUUCAUGUUGAAGUUGAGAAUCAAACUCUCCACGACUCGCCUUUCCCAUUCUCGGUUAUUCCAGGAAGUCUGGAUGUGCAGAGCUGUACGGCUCGUCUAAAUAUAGAAACAAAGUAUUUCCAAUUAUUUUCAAAAAUGGAAGGCUCGAUAAACCAGCACGACCAAUAUGGAAACCUCGUCCCACAGCUUUACGCAUUCGACAUUGAAGUUAUUGAGUUUGGAACUAAUUUGUCAAUGCCAGUGGCUGAUUUAAUGUUAAAAGAUAUAAGCCCUGGGAUGCAAUCAUUUUCCUUCAGCUUGCACGAGCCUGGAAAAUUCACGCUUGUGAUAUCUGAUAAAGAAAAGAAAACGCUCAUUUCCAAUACGCCGUAUGAAUUUACUGUUUACGUAGGUUAUUGUGAUGGAGUGAAGAGUAUAGUCAAUGGGUCGGGUCUGAAUAAUUCGGUUGCUGGGGAGAUUGCGAAAUUCUCGGUUUUCUUGAAGGAUGCUUAUUUAUAUCCUUCGCCGGUUGAGUUAGAAAGCCUUCAAGUUCGAAUAAUUCGGGAAUCUGAUUCUCAGGUUAUACAUUCGAGUGUACACAUAAAGGAGACUCAUAAUGAUAGCUUUUACUCUGGAAGAUUGGAUCAUGGAGAAAAUAAUCUGAUGCAAAUUGCUUCUGCUCCAGUUGUUGACCCAAUGAACAAUUUUACCGGGAAUUCGAGUCACAAGGCUAGCGACUUUGAUGUUUAUUAUAUUCCAGAGAAAAGCGGAUAUGAUGAGAUACAAGUUUUUUGUGGGAAUGUUCCGUUGAACGGUGGUCAUCCAUUUCGAAAUAAAGUGUCUCCAGGAAAUGUCAAUGUAUCACUCUCGGGAGUCGUGAAAUUUUCUGAGAAAGUCCCGAAGCUGAUUAAGAAUGAGAUAGUUGUUCGACUCGUUGAUUCUUUUCAUAACCCUGUAUUACAACAAGAAUCGAAGUUGAAACUAGAGAUGGCUUCAAUCAACAAAUCAGCUUCUAGGGUGUGGAAUUUUACGGACAACAAGGAUGGAUCAUAUAGUGCUAAAUACCUCGUACAUGAUAUUGGAACGUACGAAAUAUGUGCUUCUUACAAUGUAGAACGCUUCGCACCAUGUCCUCUUGGCGUGAAUGUUUACCAUAGUGAAUAUUUUCCUAAGGCCUACAAUGAUACGAUUCCGGUGUGGGAGGAUGAGUCGGUUUCUUUUAACGUCUUAGAAAAUGAUUAUUUUGCUGGUGGGAAUGCGAGUAUUCUCGAGUAUACUAAGCCAGGCCACGGCUCAAUUCUGCAGAGCGGAGCCUUCUUUAGAUACACGCCAUACAGAGGGCUUUUUGGGAAUGAUACUUUUUCUUACACGAUAACCGACAUAAAUGGGAACCUUGCUUCGGCUUCUGUGGAUUUACUUAUCCUCUGCAGGCCACCUCAGUUUGUUUCCUUUCCUAGUAAUUUGCUUGCCACUGAGGAUGAAGUUAGUCCCACAUUUGGCGGUUUCUCUGGAUUUGAGAUUACAUAUUCAGAUUCGUCCGAGAACAUCAGCGUUUCUCUUAGUUCAAAAUCUGGGAAUAUUUUGUUAUUUCCCUCACAAAUGCAAUUUUGGCAGCCAAGGUUGAAUGAACUUUCGGUUAACAGAGGGCCUCAAAUGCCAAAUGAACUAACUUUGGUAGGUUUUAUUGAUGCAAUCAACUCUGCCCUUCAGUCGAUCCAAUACUUGGGAAAUGCGAAUUUCUGUGGACCCGACAUAAUUCGAGUUUCGACCAUGAACAAAAACGGGAGAAAUGACUUGGAUGUGCCUAUCUACGUGCAGCCAAUUAACGAUCCUCCUCUCAUAAAUAUUCCCUCAUUUAUUGUCAUGGAUGAUUUGAGUGAUGGCGUGCUCAUUUUUGGCGAACGAGGUGGAAAAUUUGACUUCAUUGUGGAUCCAGAUGUUGAGAAUUUUCCUGGCAAUAGGUCUCGGUUUUCAAUCAUGUUGUCGAUGGAGGUGAGUGCCGGGCUAUUGUCCACAAGCCUUCCUGCCGAGCUAAUUGAGUCGACUGAGGUAAAAAUGAAGACCGGUUAUCAGUGGCAGCCAUUACUGACAUUUGUCACCAUCUCAAGGCACUUUUGGGUGAAAGCAAAAGGUAUUCGGUUUCGAGGCCCGAUUGAUGAGAGCAACAAUGUCUUGAGGCAAUUAUCAUAUCAUGAAGGUCAAUACGGUGCUGUUUUGACCGUGACAGUGAAUGAUUUAGGAAACUAUGGAUGUUACCCAGAUUGUUCCGAGAUGAUGUCUGAAUCUCUGUUUGUUGAGUCCACUGUAAAUCUCGUCAAACACAAACCGAUGAGUUCACUGGCAGCUCAUACUUUAGGAUCAGCAAUCGUGGUUGAAUCUUUUCUGGUGUUUUUUCUUGGCUUGGGGCUUUUGUUUUACAUAUGUAAAUGUGCUGGUGUUCUUGUUCAUGAAAAGAAGAGACGUAAAGCCCCAGAAAUUGAGCUAUCUAAACCACAAGGCUCAAACAGACAAACAUCUCAGAACUUUCCUGGAAAUGGGAAGAUAUUUAGUGGCUUUUGUGCACUCCCCUUGUGUUUGAGAGGCAAGAAAACAAACUCACACAGUGAAAUUGACCUCAGGCCAAUUCAUUUGUCUGGAACUGAGGAAGAUAAUCAUAUCAUGAUUAAUUCACCUGACUACAACAAGGAGAAAACCUCAAAAUGUCUAAUUCUUAUUAUCCAAAGACAACCUUCCGUUUUAGUAGCUACAACACAAGAACACAAUAUUAUUUCAGAACUGCUUGAGAAAAGCAUAGAUGUGCUCAUUAACCUCGUCUGGCCUUUCUUGGUUGACAAAGUGGGCCGCUCCUUCCAAAACCACAACAUCCUCGAGCAGGGGCACAAACUUCUUGAACCCGCCUUUGUGUAUGAAGUCCUUUGCUCCUGGCACGUGAUAGGUCAGGUCUAA